AGAGAAAGUGAGGAAAAAGGUGUGGCCUUUUCAGAGAGAUAAAGCCGAGCCUUUUUUUUUCUCUUCUUCCUUGUUCUUGUUGCAACCAGAAACAAGAACCUGUGUCGAUUAUGGCACUUUGGUAUUUUCUCUAUUGAAAGGUCGAACUUUGUCUGAGAAAGAGAAGAGAGAGAGAGAGAGAUUUGGGGCAGAGGCAAAAGCCCCACCAGAAGACAUGCUUUGUCUCUCUGUGUAGUCCCUUUUUUGUUUGUUCUUUCUCCAUUCCUUUUCUGUUUUUGUAAGCGUUUGUCCUUCGAAUUUGGAGUUUUCUGGGCGAAAACCGAGAUUCCAUGGAAUGGGUUCUUGUUAAUUCAUCUGGUUUUUUUGAUGCUAAGUGUUGUCUGCUCAUAGGUUCUUGUCUCUUUUAAAGACAUAAUAUCGUCUUCCUCUGUUUCAAUAUUGGUAAAAAUGAGAGCUUUUGUUAACUGGGGAUCCGGGUCUUGUUGAGAAUCUAACAAAGCCACAGAGAGGAGAGAGAGUCUCCAUAGCAAUGGCUUGUCUCGAAGACAAGUUCAAGACUAACGGCGUGGUUAACGGAGGAACGACAACACAGCAGACUACUCUGCUUGAAGAGAUGAAGCUGUUGAAAGAAAUGCAGCAACAGUCAGGAACAAAAAAGGCUGCAAUAAAUUCGGAGCUAUGGCACUCAUGUGCAGGCCCUUUGGUAUGUCUUCCUCAAGUUGGGAGUUUGGUGUAUUAUUUCCCACAAGGCCACAGCGAACAGGUGGCCGUUUCGACCAGAAGAUCAGCAACCACUCAAGUUCCCAAUUAUCCAAAUCUUCCUUCCCAAUUGAUGUGCCAAGUUCAUAAUCUUACACUCCACGUAGACAAAGAGACAGACGAGAUCUAUGCCCAGAUGAGUCUUCAACCCGUACACUCUGAAAGAGAUGUGUUUCCUGUACCAGACUUUGGUCUGAGAACCAGCAAACACCCAAGCGAGUUCUUCUGCAAAACCCUUACCGCAAGUGACACAAGCACACAUGGAGGUUUCUCGGUUCCACGCAGAGCUGCUGAGAAGCUCUUUCCUCCACUGGACUACACUGCACAGCCGCCGACCCAAGAACUCGUAGUGCGAGAUUUGCAUGACAAUACAUGGACGUUUCGUCAUAUAUACCGGGGCCAGCCGAAACGACAUCUCCUAACAACGGGUUGGAGCUUAUUUGUUGGUUCGAAAAGACUCAGAGCUGGGGAUUCAGUCUUGUUUAUCAGGGAUGAUAAGUCACAGCUGAUGGUUGGCGUGAGGCGAGCAAAUCGCCAACAAACAGCACUUCCAUCAUCAGUUCUUUCAGCGGAUAGCAUGCACAUUGGUGUUCUUGCAGCUGCAGCUCAUGCAGCUUCCAACCGAACCCCUUUCACCAUCUUCUACAAUCCAAGAGCGUGCCCUUCAGAGUUUGUGAUCCCUCUGGCUAAAUACCGAAAGGCCAUAUGCGGGACUCAGCUCUCUGUCGGUAUGAGGUUCGGGAUGAUGUUUGAAACUGAGGAGUCUGGAAAACGAAGGUACAUGGGUACCAUAGUUGGUAUCAGCGAUCUGGAUCCAUUGAGAUGGCCUGGUUCCAAGUGGCGGAACCUUCAGGUCGAAUGGGAUGAACCUGGAUGCAACGAUAGGCCAACUAGGGUUAGUGCUUGGGACAUUGAAACACCUGAAAGUCUCUUCAUUUUUCCUUCUCUGACUUCAGGACUCAAGCGGCCAUUGCGUCCAUCAUUUCUCAGAGGUGAAACAGAAUGGGGAAGCUUGAUCAAACGACCUCUCAUCCGUGUUUCUGAUUCUAUCGAUGGGAUUCUGCCUUACACGUCUAUCCCUGGUUUGGGUUCUGAGCAUUUGAUGAAGAUGAUGAUGAUGAAAACCCACAACCCGAAUGCAGCUUUCGUGUCGGCAAUGGCAAUGCAGCAGAAUGCAAUAGGUAAUGGAGCUUUGCUGGAAAAGUUGAAGACACUGCAACCUGUGAUGAACAAGAAACCAGAAAUUGUGCAGACAGAACACAAGCUGACUGUGAACCCAUCAGCUUCUAUUACAAGUGCAUCAGAACAGAACCUCUCCCCAAUUGUGAGUGCUCCAGGAAAACCCGAAACGCAGAUGCCUUCCGGUUGUACCUCAGGAAAACGCAAACUUGAACCUGAACCCUCGGAAGAACAGGCAAGCCAGGUAACCUCAGUCACAGAAUGUGAGGAGGAAAAGGUUAACCAGCUCAACCAGAGAUCAGGUUUGUCUCCUUUACAAGCUGAUCCAUGUUCGGAAAUCAGCCAACAGAUCUAUGCUCCUCAGCCUGAUCCGAGUUCCUUCAACGGGUUGUCUCCUUUCCUGGAAACUGAUGAGUUGACAUCACAAGUGUCUUCAUUCCAGUCUGUUGCCGGAGCAUACAGGCCACCAUUAAUGCUCACAUCACAGGAGUCCUCUCAAAUGGUCUUGCCUGAUUCAGCGAACACAUCGUUGUUUCACGAUGUGUGGGAUCAUCAGUUAAACAGCCUCAAGUUUGACCAGUUCAACCCCUUGAUGCAACAAGACCUUUUUGCUUGUCAGAAUAUCUGCAUGAGCAAUAGUACAAACACCAGUAUUCUUGAUCCUUCCCUCCCAAACACAGUUCUGGAUGACUUUACCACCAUAAAAGAGGCUGAUUUCCAAGAUCCUUCUGGCUGUUUGGUCGGGAACACGUGUUCUGUUCAAGAUGUUCAGUCUCAGAUCACAUCUGCAAGCAUCACAGAAUCACAGGCCUUCUCCCGCCAAGAUUUUCCAGAUAACUCUGGAGGAACGGGUACUUCUUCGAGCAAUGUUGAUUUCGAUGAUAGCAGUCUGCUUCAGAACAGUAAGACCUCCUGGCAGAAAGUGGCAGCCCCCCGUGUGCGAACCUACACCAAGGUUCAGAAAGCCGGGUCAGUUGGAAGAUCUAUUGAUGUAACCAGCUUUAGAAACUACAAAGAGCUGAAAGCUGCCAUUGAGUGCAUGUUCGGACUGGAGGGACUGCUCACUGAUCCGAAAGGCCCGGGAUGGAAGCUUGUCUAUGUUGAUUACGAAAGCGACGUUCUCCUCGUCGGGGAUGAUCCAUGGGAGGAGUUUGUGGGAUGUGUAAGGUGCAUAAGGAUACUGUCACCUACUGAGGUUCAGCAGAUGAGUGAAGAAGGGAUGAAGCUUUUGAACAGUGCAGGGGUGCACGACAUCAAGGCUUCCCUCCCGUGAAAUCUUUAGGGGAAUGAGAUUCAAAUCUCCAGUAGAUUUGUAUGAAGAAAGCAUACGUUUCUCUGAUUGAUGCAGAGGAACCUUUUGUUGUAAUCCAUUUCCAUGAAAACCCCUUUGCUGUGUUGUUUAGACAGAACUGAAUCUAUUCCACAUUAUGUAAUAGAGUGAUGGAUACUUACCUGAAAUCAGAUGAAGCUCUCGAUGCUUUGUUCUGACAA